AAGCACCAAAUAUGACUGGGCGAGUUUAUGGUAAACGCAGACAUCAGCGUUUCCGGCUCAUAGAGUGCCAGUUCUAAAGAUGGCGGAGUCCGUGCUGGAAGUUGUGGAGAAGCUGCAAUCUAGAUUAUCGCCCAGUGCUGAGCCGAGGAAGCUGCAGAAGACACUAAAGAGACUUGUUGAUCUGCCUAUUACUGUUGAUAUUCUAGUGGAAACAGGAAUUGGAAAGACUGUGAACAGCUUACGUAAGCAUGAAUUUGUGGGGGAUCUUGCUAAAAAUCUGGUUGCUCAGUGGAAGAAGCUAGUGCCUCAGGAAACUCCAAGAGCCACAGAACCUGAGGAGAGGGAACACAAUAAAAACAGUGUCAAGAAGAGACCACGGUCUCCAUCUCCACGGUAUGAUGAAGAGGAAGAAUAUGAGGAAGAAAUUUCACCGGUUUAUCACAGUGAUGCUAGGCACAGGCAACUUGUUGAACCACAAACAGAAUUCAGAAAGGAGGAAAAGCGCUUGCGCCACUGUUCUGAUCAUGAGGACUCAGAUAAUGGCCAGGCAUAUUCUCCAGAACCCAGUUACAGCCCCCCCAUCACUUACAAAGACAGAUCAAGCCAAAAACCAAGUAAAGAUCACAAAUCAUCUCACAAGGAAAAACACGGACUACAAAACAGGGAAAUAAAUCCAGAGAAAAAGAAAGAUAAAAUCCACCAGUGGGAGACAGAAAAAGAAUCCACAUCCUCUGCAGGAAUGAGCCGUGAAAAGCUGCUGUCCCCUCUGACUAGAGACCAAACAUGUAAGAAGGAGAAGAACAGGCAUAGUGAAUCUAGAGGCGACUCAGUUGAUCCUGUAAAUGCCAAAAAACACAGCCACCAAGACAAAUCAAAACAUGAAAAAUAUAGGGUGGCUGCGGACAUACAGGAUACGGAGAGAGGAAAAAGACAGGUGGAGAGAGAUCCAGAGUCAACAAGUGAGAAGGGGGAGAAAAACAAAGGCAAGUCUGGAACACAAGAGAAAAAGGCCAUAAAGUUAUUUGUGCCAUCUAGUGGCCCAGAUAUGGAAGAUGAGUUUGAGAAGCCAACAAUGUCUUUUGAAUCUUAUCUAAGUUAUGACCAACCCCAGAAAAAAAAGAAAAAAACUGCAGUCAAGACUGUGGCUGCAGAGCCUGAAAAGACUAAAAAGAAGCAGAGUAAUAAGAGGCCAGACAACAGCAGGAGUAACGACCUCCCCAAAAACAAAAUAGAGGCUCCUAACAAAGAUGUGACCACUAAGAAGAAAGAAUCAUCUUUAUCCACACUAAGCAAGAUAGACCAGGUUCCAGUGUUACCUGAUAUCCCACUGCCUCUAAUCCAGCCAAAUUACAGACCUCUCCCUUCUAUUGAGCCUGUGGUAUUCUCUCCCAAUAAGCGUAAAGCUCCACUUAUGUCUGCCCUUGAAGAAGAAGAAUCGGCAGGAUUUACAGGACGCAGGUUCAACUCUAAAAUGCAGGUGUAUUCUGGAUCUAAAACGGCAUACCUUCCCAAAAUGAUGUCUCUAUACGAACAGUGUAUCCGUGUCCUGGCUAACAACAUAGACUCUAUUUAUGAAGUGGGAGGUGUCCCCUUUUCUGUUCUGGAGCCAGUUUUGGAAAAGUGCACCCCAGAUCAGUUAUGCCGCAUUGAAGAAUGUAACCAUGUUUUAGUUGAAGACACAGACCAAAUUUGGUUUAAUCACUGUCAAAGAGAUUUCAAGAAAGACAAGCCAGAGGAAUAUGAGUCUUGGAGAGAACUGUACCUUCGUUUGCAAGAUGCUCGGGAACAGAGGUUGCGAAUGCUUACGCAAAACAUCCGCUCCUCUCACGCAAACAAGCCUAAAGGCCGACAAGCAAAGAUGGCAUUUGUGAACUCUGCUGUCAAGCCCCCCCGAGAUGUAAGAAGGAGACAAGAAAAGUUUGGGACAGGAAAAGCAGAAGUCAAUGAGAAGUGCAGAAUUAAACCCUUCGUGCCCAUCAGUAGCACAAGUUACACUAGUAACCAUGGUCAAUCUGAGGAGCAGAUGUCAUAUGAAGCACCAAGCACCAGUAACGCAGUGUCCUCACCAAUCAGUGUUCAACCCAGUUAUGACUCACGCAAGCCACAAGUUAAAAAAGUUGCACCAAUGAUGGCCAAAACUAUAAAAGCAUUCAAAAAUAGAUUCUUCAGGCGAUAAAAUGCAAGAGGAUGAUGGACAAUUUUUUUUGUUUUGAGAACAGUGAAGAUCUUUUUGGAACCUAACAUACACAUCUCUCCUCCACAUAACUUUUACAAGCUGAAGAUAUUGUUUUAUGUUCCAGUUUUAUGCUGUUACGUUCUUCUAUUUAUAGAAUUUUGGUAUACCAUCUGUUUUACACAUAACGCUGGCAAGACUGGUAUCAUCAUUAUCAUUGUUGGGAAAUUAUUAUUGUUGUAUCAUGUGAAUAUCUGGACUGAAUUUGUUACCCUGCAGUGGCAGUUUGCUUGAGAGCAGUCUGUCUGAUUUAAAGUGCUCGUAAAGCAAACGUAUAGUCUUCUGUAUUAGAACUUUAUGUAAAGCAUGCAUCUGAUUUAUUUGCAGUUCGUAGUCUUGUGACCAGUUUGGCUCAUCCUGAAAGUCCAUUCUGUCUCUUUUUUUUCUAAUUUUUGCUAUGGGGAGGAACCCCUCUCCAUGUAUCUAUGCCAUUAUGGACCUGUAUUUCAGUGUUGCUGUAUCAUGUAAAUUAGUUGUGAAUUGUUCUUUGCAGACAGGUACUUUAAUCAGUAUCACAGGACCUAAUGGGCCAUUGUCCUAUAAUAAAAAAUGGUUGCACAGCCUGAUUUAGGGAAUACAUAUAUAUAUGUGCUCCUGUGUAAUCCAGAUGACCGAUUUUUUCCAGUCUAGUAUUUUACCUGUAUUUAUUGGUAUUUCCAAUACAAAGUUCUGUGCAUUGAACAUAGCUAUGUCUUAGAGCCGAGAUACAGUAGAAGUGAUUUACUAACAUAGGUGCAUUGAUUAACCCUUAGCAUAAUGGAUGGACAAACAAACAGAAGAUAUGGUUGGCUAGUGAGCACCAUUCGCAUUUAUGUGGGAGUCACUAGGUAGCACUGAAUAUGAUCAUGCUGCACCUCUGUAGCAGUUUUUAAGCAUUAGGCCCAUGGCACAUUACUUUAAAAUUUGUAUGGAAAAAAAUCCAAUUGAAUUUUCCACCAUGCCUGAUUCAUUAUUAUUAAUAGUAGUAAGAACAACAACAUAUAUUUAUAAAGCGGCAACAUAUUCUGCAGUGCUAUAAUAAAUACUGAAUAAGACCAAUAAUAUGUGGCUCAGGGAAGGAUAUAGAUUUUAUCUCAUUUGAUAACUUUAGCCAGUUCUGCAGUUACAAAAGGCUGAACCAGUAUCUAAAGUGCCCAAGUUAUGGCACCUUAAAAAUUAUGGCAGUGAGAUACAGGCUUAACCUUUCUGCAUUGGUUGCACCUAUGUUUGUGAAUUCUACCUAGUGUAACUUACCUCUUCACACAGUACAUGAUCAUAACGUCUUAGUUUCCUAUUUUAAUUUAUUUGGGGGAAGGGGGGAGAUUAUUGGUGCACACUUUAUCAUGCCUGGCUUUGAGGCCAUGCUACCCACUACUUGUCCAUGAAAAUGACUAACCUGUAGGCUGUGGGUAGGAACCCUAAUGAAUGUUGUGGAUUUUUAGGAACUGCCUGAAUUGUGUAAAUAAUAUUUUGUCCUUUCAAUUAGAUGAAAUAUUUUAAUUAAACAUAUAAACAAAUGAUUUUACCUGGAUCUUAAUAAAAUGCGAACACUGGAAA